GACGGUGUAUUCUAGAAGCGCUUAUCCAGAAGAGAUGGCGAUAUUUUGCAGAUCCGCGUCGUUUGCGGUGAGACAAGCCGCUUCAUUCGUUUUCACUGGUGCUCGGCGAUACAGCACCGAUGCUCACUUCGAAUUUAUUUUGGCGAACAAGAGGGGAGUGAAGGAAAAUGUCAGCUUAAUACAACUUAACCGGCCGAAAGCGCUCAAUGCGCUCUGUGACGGUCUUAUGCAGGAGGUAAAUCAAGCCCUGGACGGGUUCGAAGGGGACAGCCAGGUUGGCGCUAUCGUAAUCACCGGCAGCGAAAAGGCAUUCGCAGCUGGAGCAGACAUUAAAGAGAUGCAGAACUGGGCAUUUCCAGCAUGCUACAGUGCCAACUUUUUAUCGCACUGGAACAGAGUCUCCUCCGCAAGGAAACCAGUAAUAGCUGCCGUAAACGGCUUUGCAUUAGGGGGAGGAUGCGAACUUGCUAUGAUGUGCGACAACAUUUAUGCUGGGGAGAAGGCCCAGUUCGGCCAGCCGGAGAUACUGUUAGGCACCAUCCCUGGCGCGGGUGGAACCCAACGGCUCACCAGAGCGGUUGGCAAGUCGCUGGCCAUGGAGAUGGUGCUGACGGGGAAACGACUGUCAGCCCAGGAAGCAAUGCAGGCCGGCCUCGUCAGCGGCGUGUUCCCCGUCCAGCAGCUGGUACCGGAAACUACCAGGUGUGCGGAGAAGAUAGCUUCCAAUUCAAAGAUAAUCACUGCGAUGGCUAAGGAGGCCAUCAAUGCAGCCUUUGAGCUACCGCUGGUUGAGGGGAACCGCCUGGAGAAAAGACUGUUUCACGCCACCUUAGCCACACAAGCUCAUAGCUGAAGUGAAUGGGUAUGUACUCGGGGGAGGGUGCGAGCUCGCCAUGAUGUGUGAUAUUAUUUAUGCUGGAGAGAAGGCACAGUUCGUGCAGCUGGAGAUUCUCUUUGGCACCAUCCCUGGAGCAGGUGGAACCCAACGGCUCACCAGAGCAGUUGGGAAAUCCCUAGCUAUAGACAUGGUGCUGACGGGGAAACGGCUAUGAGCUCAUGAAGCAAUGCAGGCCGGCCUCGUCAGCGGUGUGUUCCCCGUCCAGCAGCUGGUACCGGAAGCUAUCAGGUGUGGGGAGAAGAUAGCUUCCAACUCAAAGAUUAUCACUGUGAUGGCUAAGGAAGCCAUCAACGCAGCCUUUGAGCUACCGCUGGCUGAGGGGAACCACCUGGAGAAAUGGCUAUUUUACGCCACGGAGGAUCGUAAGGUGGGAAUGACCGCAUUCGUGGGGAAGAGGAAGGUGUCGUUCCAGGGCAAAUAAACGCAGUGACCAUGGAGAAGAGCAGAGGCGCAGGACGGGAACGUUGGAGACAAUAUUCAGAAAGUUCAUGCUACAUUAAUCACU